AUGUAUGUGAAAUGGUUUGAUACAGUAAUGUUUUACUAUGUGAUUUUAGUGAAUGUCACUUUUUGUCAUUUUCAAACUUCCCGCUGUUCCGUCCCCCAUACAUCCCGACGCUCGCAGGGGACAGAACCCAGAUGACAGAUGCCGGCAUCCGCUGGAUUACAUUGCCAGGGACACUGCAGGAGGGACAUCGCGGGAGCACAGGAGAAGGUAAGUGAUCGAAUGAUCACGGAGCAGCGCUGCAUGGUAAGCCCGAGUGUAUCUCGGGGUUACCGCUUUUGCUACACUCGGGAAUACCGCCAGGGAGGUUAAGAAAA